CCAGGGCGUACCCGAACAGAGUCCUCGCGGCAAGAUAAGUCGAAGCCCCGCGGGGCCGCCGGGCGCCGCCGCACGGGCCCGACACACUCGGUCAGGUUGCGCCGGCCGCGCUGUCGACGUCCAAAUGAGCAGCUGCUGGCGGGGCAGCGGGCCGCCGCGGCCGGGGUGCCGCCGUCGUGGCUGUCGACGCCAAGCGCAGCCCGGACGCGGGCCGGGGCAGCCCCGCCGGCAGUGUCGUCCGCAAGUAGUGGCCGCAGGGAACUCCAUCGUCGUCGUGGUCUGGGCGAUCGAGCGGUGAGUGGAGGCAAGCCGGCGGUCAUCUCCAGGACAUAGCCCUACUCGAAGAGGAGCCCGUGCGCCGGCCCGGGUGCGCGUCAUGACGUUCAGCUAGCCGGAGGAUCGUCAGAAUGAAGCACGGUGCCGCGCAUGGUGACGUCCUGGUGAACGGCGUCCGAGAGGCCAACGCCUUGUCGGACGGCGUCGAGGGGGACGGCGUCGCAGAGGAUGGCGUCGAGGAGGAUAGCGUCGUGGAAGACGGCAACGCCGAGGACGGGGUUGUGGAGGGUCAAAAAGCUUCGAUGAUGGAGGCGCUGCCCUCGGAGCUGUUGCUGCUGGUGCUGGGGCUGCUGCCCACCGAGGCGCUGCAGCUGGGCGGCCCCGUCCGCAACGUGUGCCGGCGCUGGCGACGCCUGGCCGGCUGUCCCUCGCUGUGGCGCCGCCGCCGCGUCAGGUGCGACGGCGACCACGUCGACAGCUUCCUGCGCACCGUGGCCGUGGCCCCCGAGCUCGGCGAGCUGGACCUCACCGUCGCCGCGACCGCCAGGGUGCACGAGCACAUGGACCAGAUAGAAAAGGGAUGCGCGCGGGUCCGGAGUCUGAAGCUGACGCUCUGGUGGUGGGACAGUCCGGCCGUGGCUGCCCUCGUACGCCACUACUCCGCGCGCGCGGAGACGCUAGACCUGUGCCUGGGGUACGCGAGCGCGGCGCACAUCGGCACGGAGAUACUCCGCGCCGUGGCCGCGUCCCCUACGCUGCUCACGCUCCGGGUCAGAGGGUGGGUCUUCAGCCUACUGUCGGCCGCGCUCGACGACCUGGCCCGCGGCUGCCCCGCCCUCCAGCAGCUGGACGUGGAGCACGUGGAGAGCAGCUUCGGCCCCGUGCUCGUGGCCGCGAUCACGGCGAGGAGGCCACUGCGCGGGCUCGUGCUGCCCCGGAGGCACUGCGUCGUCGGCAGGGCCGUCCUUGAGCAGGUGGCGGCCACGUGCCCUGGACUGCGCUCCCUCGGGGCGGACUACGUGGACGGCGCGGCGCUGGUCGGCCGCCUGCCACAGCUCCGCACUCUCCGCCUCUGGUUCUCCUACGAGCGACCCGACCACGAGUUCCUCUGGGCACUCCACCGCAACCGAGGACGGCACCAGGCCGACGACGUCACGGCCCGGUGGGGCGACCCCGUCGCCGUCCUGGCCCGGCUGGAGGAGCUGCGCCUCGAGCUGGACGACGACCUCGACUUCCCCGUCGCCGUCCUGGCCGCCAGCCGGCAGGUGCGCAGCCUGCACCUGGCCGGCGACUGGCUGCCGACGCAGCUGCCGCACCUGUUGCGCGCCGCCCCCGCCAGCGUGGAGCACCUGCACCUGUGCAGCUGCGAGCUGCGCGGCCGCGAGCUGGACGCCCUGCGCGCCGUCCUGCCACGCCUGCCCGCGCUGCGCUCCGUGCACGGCGCGCACUCGGCGCGCGAGGCGCCGACCCUCCUGUGGGAGCGCAAGCGCGCCGCCACGCAGUUCGAGCCCUGCUACGUCAGUUAACGCCGAGAGACUCAGCUUGGUCAAACCCCUUGAGGUCAAACACACUCACCUAACUUUACUGUCAGGCUUCACACGACGCGCAGUCGGAAGAUUGUCGAAGUGGAGCCUGUGUGUCUGUUGCGAGGAGUAUCGGCACCGCGGUGAGAAGGGGUGUAUUGCCAGUUACCCCUGCUGCUCUCGCCACAGCAAAGAGGAGGGUGCAUUGCGCCGAGCUGUAACCAAAGCCAUUUCACUCGCUGUAAAACUAACAGGACUCUUGUUUACAGAGAGAGCCAGAGAGAGAGAGACAGGCAUAGGCGAGAGAGGUUAGAGGGAGAAAACAAGAAGGGCGGGAAAAUAGACCGGCGCGCCCAUUCAUUCUCGUCCACUCACAUUUGUAUUUGCAUAGUGCAUGCACGCCGCACAGUGGUCAAGACCCACUUUUGCGGAGACCCGCCGGCUCAACAACACACAAUGUUGCGAAUGCUAGGGGGCUGUUACUGUUACAAGUUGCAAGUGGGCGGGCGCGCCAUCAAUUUAUACUGCCAUCCGGCUGCCCGCGAGAUAAAACUUUAUCACUUCGCCAGAAACUCAUUAAAAAAAAAUGGCAUCGAUGGCUUUACGAAUGGUAGGGUUUGAACAAGAACAGAGAAAUGUAUCGAAACUGAUAACAAAUGUACCAGUAAAGAACUGUAGCCGCGUUCCAAAGUUUACAAACACAAAUUGUAGGUAGCUAAUUGUAAAAAAUGGAAUGUUUUCCUAAAUUUGUUUAAAAAUGUACUUUGAUUAAGAAAAAAAACACACUGUUACUUCCAAAAGGUUUUACUAAACAACAAUAAAACUUCAAAUUCCAAAGAACGUAAUGCAUAAAGGAAACAAGACGUA